GCCUCUGGUACCUUCUAGUCUGGCAAAAUGCAGCACAAAACUCAACUUGCUCUGUCCUUUCUGCUGUCCCAGGUUCUGCUGCUUGCAUGUGCAGAAGAUUUAGAAUGUGUCCCUGGAUUCCAGCAAAAGGUUUUUUAUAUUGAGGAGCCAUUUGAAUUCACAGAGGACCAGCCAGUUCUGAACUUGGAAUUUGACGACUGCAAGGGAAAUAACAAAUUGAACUUCGAAGUUUCUAACCCAGAUUUUAAGGUGGAACGCAAUGGGUCUUUAGUUGCACUAAAGAAUAUAUCAGAAGCUGGCAGAGCCGUGUUUGUACAUGCACGGUCUGAGCAUGCUGAGGAUAUGGCAGAAGUUUUGAUUGUUGGAGCAAAUGAAAGACGUGGUGCAUUGAAGGAAAUCUUUAAGACAGAAGGCAACCUUGGAAUUCCAAGACAAAAAAGGGCUAUUUUGGCAACUCCAAUAUUAAUUCCUGAAAAUCAAAGACCACCAUUCCCCAGAUCUGUUGGAAAGGUCAUCAGCAGUGAGGGGGCAGAGGGAGCAAAAUUUCGACUCUCUGGUAGGGGAGUGGAUCAAGACCCAAAGGGAAUCUUUAGAAUCAAUGAGAUCACUGGGGACGUAUCUGUGACCCGAACCCUUGACAGGGAAGCAAUUGCCAAUUAUGAGCUUGAAGUUGAGGUCACAGAUAUAAGUGGGAAAACCAUUGAUGGCCCAGUCCGCCUGGAUAUUUCUGUUAUUGAUCAAAAUGACAACAGGCCGAUGUUCAAAGAAGGACCCUAUGUUGGCCAUGUCAUGGAGGGAUCCCCUACAGGAACGACUGUGAUGCGUAUGACAGCAUUUGAUGCUGACGACUCUAGCACAGACAAUGCUCUUCUGCGGUACAACAUCCUCAAACAGACCCCUACCAAACCGUCACCUAACAUGUUCUAUAUUGAUCCAGAAAAAGGAGAUAUUGUUACGGUGGUGUCACCUGUGCUGUUGGAUCGUGAGACUAUGGAAAGCACAAAAUAUGAGCUCGUUAUAGAAGCUAAGGAUAUGGGUGGUCUUGAUGUGGGACUAACUGGCACAGCAACUGCCACUAUUCUUAUUGAUGACAAAAAUGACCAUCCACCAGAAUUUACAAAGAAGGAGUUUCAAGCCACAGUAAAGGAGGGAGUCACAGGUGUAAUAGUAAACUUAACUGUUGGUGACCGAGAUGACCCAGCAACUGGAGCAUGGAGAGCUGUCUACACCAUUAUUAAUGGAAAUCCAGGGCAGAGUUUUGAAAUCCAUACCAAUCCCCAGACUAAUGAGGGAAUGCUCUCUGUUGUCAAACCUUUAGACUACGAGAUUUCAGCAUUUCACACGCUGCUGAUCAAAGUGGAAAAUGAAGACCCACUGAUUCCAGACAUAGCGUAUGGCCCCAGUUCCACAGCAACUGUGCAGAUCACUGUUGAAGAUGUGAAUGAAGGCCCAGUUUUCCACCCAAACCCGAUGACAGUGACAAAACAGGAGAACAUCCCUAUUGGCAGCGUUGUGUUAACAGUAAACGCCACUGAUCCAGAUACUUUGCAACACCAGACUAUCAGGUAUUCAGUUUACAAGGAUCCAGCAAGCUGGCUAGAAAUUCACCCUACCAAUGGUACCAUUAGCACCACUGCAAUCCUGGAUCGGGAAUCCCCUCAUGUUCAGAAUAACAUAUACACUGCUCUCUUCCUGGCAAUAGACAGUGGUAACCCUCCUGCUACGGGUACAGGAACUUUACACAUCACCUUGGAGGACGUCAACGACAAUGUCCCAUCCCUUUAUCCAACCCUGGCAAAAGUUUGUGACGAUGCAAAAGAUCUCAGGGUAGUGGUACUAGGAGCAUCAGACAAAGACCUUCAUCCCAACACAGACCCAUUCAAAUUUGAACUGAGUAAGCAAUCUGGUCCAGAAAAACUGUGGAGAAUCACCAAGCUUAACAAUACUCAUGCCCAGGUCAUCCUGCUUCAAAACCUGAAAAAGGCCAAUUACAACAUCCCCAUCUCAGUGACAGAUUCUGGAAAACCACCUCUGACUAACGUCACAGAACUGAAAUUACAAGUGUGUUCCUGCAAGAAAUCCAAAAUGGACUGCAGUGCAAGUGAUGCUCUUCAUAUCAGCAUGACCCUCAUCCUCCUUUCACUCUUCAGUUUAUUUUGUCUGUAAGAACUCCUGACAUUUGAAGCUGUCCUACCGAGUUGCCAUGGCAACGAGAGAAAAGAAACCGUCAGCUCUGAAGAUUGCAGUUUACAGUUACUGUUCUUCACUACUAGGCCUCAGUUGCUCCAGAUUCAGUUUAAUUUGCAACCUCACUACUCUGUCCAACUCUCCAUGGUGUUUGACAGUCUCUGCCCUAACGCCCGUCCAUGAAUGGGUUCCUCUUGCAAGACGCAAGGUUCAUGUGCAUUUUCUCUGAAUGUUAAAAGACCAUGACAUCUAAACUGGACCUUGGGGGAGCAGAAAACAGAUUGACUCCAUUCUUUUUCUAUCUGUUGACUUGUUGCUAUUCAACUGUUCAGAAAAUAUUUUGUCUGUGGGUUAGUAUUUGUAUAUGUAUGAGUGUAUGUAUAUAUAUAUUUAUAUGUAGAGAAGAGUUAUACAGAGGUUUAGCUUUUAUAACAUAUUCAUCUGGAGCGUGUAAGGGACAAGGCAGAGCAAUACAGCCACAGAUGAAUUGCAACUACUCUGCCACGGCUAAACCUACUGUCUUUGCUGUUGGUAGCGUGGCCAGGAGGAGAGAGCCACUGGCAGUCGUGCUGCUCUGACAGCCACUUUGUGGACGCAGACAAAGCAGGCCCAGGACUCUGCACUGUCUUGUACCUCAGGUUCAGCAAACAAGAAAUGCAGGUCCCCCUGCCUCGUUGCUGAGCUGAGCUGCUCUCCCUGUGCCCCAAGGGGAUUCACAAUCCUUCAGGAGCAGAAUGGUUGGCUCCCCUUCCAGUGGGAGGUGCUGGAAGCUGAUUUGUGAGCAAGCAGGGAUGCAGUCAGCUGCGACCAACACCCUAUGGGUCACGAUUCACAGCCAUAGGAGAGCUGGACCUGGGUUUAAAGGGACUAACAUCAGCUUCCUCUGUGUAAUUAUUGGCAGGGCAGUUUACAAAAUUGAAGCCUUCUUGUCAGCCCUGCAGACACAGUUCAGUGGGUGGAUGGGAAGCUGAUGGGAACAGCAAAGGCAAAACCCUUCUCAGAAGCACUGGUGUCUCUCUCAGCCCUUGUGCAGCUGACAGUGCAGACCUCAGGACAAGGAGGAAAACAGAAGCCCUGUUCUAUAAAUACAAUCACACACAUGAAUAUAUAUAUACACACACAUAUACACAUACACAUGUACACACAGUUUCCAGUCAAGAGUAACACGAGCAUUUCUUUGUGUGUGUAAACUUACCACACUUGUUUGCAGACAUGGAAAAAAAGGGUGUUUGUUGUAUAUGAUUACAAAUCCUUUUUUAUUCUGUGAGCAUGUAAGGUCAGAAACAACAGAGAAAAACAAACUUCUAACCAUAUCAAGAUGACGAUCUUGUUAAUAAAUUGUAAAUGAUCCAUCAAAGCUCACACCAAAUUUUUAUAAAAUUAACACAAAGAGUAUACUAGUGACAGACUGUGGCUUUUAUUAGAGCUUGCCAGUAACUAGGGUAAGGUAAGUGUCUUAGAAUAUUUUAAUAAACUUGCUUAUUUAAAGUUUAAACACGAAAGCUUCCUUAUGCAAUAGAACUUGGCAGUUGCAUUCUUUAGUUAGCAUUUUUACAGUACCUACAAGUCAUACUGUAUAUGUUGUCUUUCCUACAGUGAGAUUAUGAGCAUAUCUUCCACACCAUGUAUAUGUUUCAAUAGUAAAGCUUUUUGGAAGCAUUAAAAAGUCCAAACAUACAUUUACUUUGCCAUAAUGCUACAGUAGAUAUUAAAUGUGUGUUGGUGGUUAAAAAUUGCUGUACAAUAGCUUUUCUCUGACUUCCUGUAUUGUACCAAAUACAAAACAGGUCUCUUUUUUUUCUUCUUGUUGUUUCAAUCAACAGGAGUAAUAACAACAGCAACAGAGGAAAAAUUAGUUUGUGUUGUGAACUUCCCUAACGUUGUAGAUUUCUUGAUAAGAUACAAGCUGCCUUCAGACACAAACCUAUUUUUCUAUUCCAACUUAACUCCUGCAGUCCUGACCAAGCAGAAUCUCCCCCUGCUCUUGUUUCUCUUGCAGUACACUCCAGGUUCCGAUUGCCAAGGCAGUACCUUGGGGCUGGUGGGAGUUUCUGUCCAGCAAGGGCUGCAGGAGUGGGCUGUUAGGCAGCUGCAGGUGUUUCAGCAGGAAAGUGCCUGAUCUCAAACAUUAACAUGGGCAUGCUUCUAGUUCUCUUUCUCUGCCCAUGCCUUGUAAUAAUCACAUGCUGCUGCUUUAUCAUCAACAAUCGUUCAAAAAAAAUUAUAUAUAUAAUU